AUGAGCGAAAGAGGGUCGGAAAUCGUCUACCGAGCGGAAAAUGUACCGGUUCGCUUCUUUAAAGCAUGCCGAUGGUGCAGAAGGCAAAAGAUGCGAUGCGAUGCGCGUAGCCAAGUCCCUUGUUUCCGUUGUCGCUCGAGCGGCCGGGACUGCAUUCUGGAUCCGAUCGAAGAUGGCCGGCGACGGAAUGAUCGUCGGCGGAAAACAACAACCCCCGCAAGAAACCAAAACACUGCUUCACCGCUGGACCCUAGGACCGGAUAUCACACUCCGGCAUCAAGAGAUCAGGGGUUCUCACCUGCCACUGUGCAAGAUGGUGGAUUUGACACUCCGAUUGAUUCUUUACCUGAUUCGACUGGAUUAAGCAGUCUCCAGCGAUCUUAUACGUCUGAUGCGAAUGGACCGGAAUCUCAGCAGCUCAGCCCUAAUGAAAUGAUCGCGCCUGCAUCAGCGGUACACUCUAUGUCUGUGAAUUUGCUAGACACUAAUGAUAUCUUCAUGGAAAAUUCAGCCAAGGGUGACUCUAGAGGAGAUAUUGUCGCUAGAGGAAUCGUCAGUGAGGAGCUUGCUCGUGUCAUGUAUGAGAGAUUUACGGGCGGAUCGAAAAACUUUCUCCCUCUUUUUGAUCCGAUCAGAGACACAUUCGACUCUGUCCGUUCAAGAUCCUUGUUUUGUUUUACCGUAAUUAUCUAUCUAGCUAGUCGCGCGGUGACAGAUCUGCGCGGAGACACGCAUAUGCAACGGGUUCUACAAGAUGAGGCACAGCGUUUAGCCGAAGACAGUUUCUUUGAGCGACCCACUAAACUGGAGACAGUCCAAGGAAUGAUUCUCCUAGCUGCCUACUCCGAAAAGACAUGGUUCUCUAUAGCCCUUAUUCUUCGCACCGCCUUGGAUUCUGGAUUGGAGAAAUCUUUGGACACUUUGUUGUCACAAGAGAAUGUACCCCGAAGUUCACUCUCGGCUUCCAUGGCUGAACGUGAACUAGUGUGGAAAACAAGAACCUGGUUAAUCACUUUCAUAUUGGAGUUGGAUGUCGCAUCUGGCACGGGACGCAAAUCACGCAUUGCCGAAGUCGACGUGGUAAAGCUGCGCAAAUUCCUUGACUAUCCACUCUCCCUGCCCUUUGAUAUGCGUACUGUGUGUAUUAUUGAGCUUCAUCAACUUCGAGGUAAUUCUCGUGUGAUUAUUGACAACACCUCAACUAUUGGCGAUAUUGUGUCUACAGAACUACCGGCCAUAAUGACAAGAUUGCAAACCUGGUGGACGACGUGGGAUGAGAUCCAUGAAAGGGCGUUUCAACGCAGCAGCCUCAAGCUUAUGCUUCACUACGCCAGGAUUUUUGUUUUCUGUGCUUCACUCGCACGAAUUCAGAAAUUAGAACCGACGUACACGGAUUCAAGCUCCGAAAUCCUCGACCAGGAUGUGAUGAAUCUGUGGCAGUCCCUUGUGACAACAAUCAUGGACCAAUUAGGCUUUUUGAUCAACGAGCCAGCCUAUCGCUGUCAAUUACCCUGGGCGCCAACGUAUCCGGCUCUCACCAUCGCUUUCGUCACAACAUUUGCUCUUCGGGUCGCCAGAUGGCGGCCGAAUUUGAUCAAUCAAAGUCUCCUACUUGAAAGAGCAGAAAGAAUCUGCGAUUUCCUCAAACAACCCCCAUAUCCCGAUAUCCACCGGACUGUCUCCAUCUUCGUGAACUAUGCACGCGCCUUGAUUGCGAGUCAGCGUCCGCAGAGCAAUCACAGUACAGAUGUACCCAUCCUGCCUCAAAGUGAGGGUCCACCAUUCGAGGGAACUGGUAACCCCAUGAUCAACGGCCCGCCUCCAUCAGGAGUGGGUCCCCUCGACGAUCUCCGCUACAGAACUGGCCCGGCUAUUCAGGGCGAUAAAGAUCCAAAUAUGGUCUCAAUGCCAAGCAGCGACCCAUCUGCGGUGGCCAGAGCGCCCGUAUCUCGGCUAUCCGGCACGAUGGAAGCACCCAACUGGACUGUAUCGAACUCCAUUGCAGAUUCUUUUGGUCUGUUUGAGGAGGGGCAGAACGAUAUCUUUGAUUUCUUGCCUAUGAUGCCAGCGAUGCCACAAAACGAAAUCCUUAACGGCUCAGAUAGCCGCCAUCCUUUCUUCAGUUCUGACAAGAGGUCUCUUGCUUCAACGGAGAAUAAUCAAAAUUCAAAUGGUGAAUACCAAAUAGUUGAACUGUCUCAAAAUGAACUACUUGUCGAGUUUCAGGAGGACUCACCCAAAAACCCACCAAACUGGGCCUUUAGCAAAAAAUUCUACAAUGCAGUUGUGGGGCUAUUUAUUGUCCUCAAUAGCGGCAUAUCUUCCGCACUUCCUAGCAAUGCAGUCCCCGCUAUCAUGCAGGACUUCCACGAGUCCGGAGACCAGCAAAAGGUCUUACCAACUGCCGUCUUUCUGAUUGGCUAUGUGAUUGGCCCCCUGCUGUUCAGUCCAUUGAGUGAAACAAUUGGACGGAAACCCGUUCUCCUCUGGUCUUUCACUGUUUUUGUCCUCGCUACACUUGGCUGCGCUCUGGCGCCAAAUUGGUCUUCUCUUCUUGUCUUUCGGACUAUUUGUGGUCUUGCAGGGGCUGCUCCUCAGACGGUUGUCGGUGGCAUUUAUGCGGACUUGUUCUUCGAUCUGCGAAGUCGUGGUCGUGCGAUGGCGAUGUAUAUGUCGGCCUGCAGUUUUGGUCCCAUUCUAGGCCCAAUUAUCUCUGGAUGCUCGGUCAAGUACGGUUGGAGAUGGACUUUUAGAAUCGACCUCAUUCUGACGGGCGUUACCUGGUUGGCUCUGCUCUUCACGUCUGAAACUUUUGGUCCGGCACUCUUGAAGCGACAAUCUGCCAAAUUGAGAAAGGAUUCGGGAUCCAAUCGAUACUUCUCUCGUCAGGAGCUCAACCUGGACUCGAGAUUCACUCCGAUGGAGAUUAUCACUCGUCCCAUCGCGAUGCUCUUCUUUGAGCCUAUCAUCACCUCAACAUCCAUCUAUAUUGCCCUCGCAUAUAGUCUGGUCUUCUUUUACUUCCAGGCUUAUCCCAUCAUCUUUGGAGGUGUCUAUAACUUCACCGUCGAGCAAACUUCCCUCACAUACAUCCCAAUUGGCGUCGGCGCUGCAUCUUCCGGCUUCGUCGCCCUCUACUACGACAUAAUCUACGAAAAAGCCAAAAAGCUCAACAAAGCCUGGACUUCCAGCCCAGAGUACCACCGACUCCCCAUGUGCUGCAUCGCCGGGCCAUGCCUAACAGUAAGCAUGUUCUGGCUCGCCUGGACAGCUAAGUCCACCGUCCACUGGGCAGCACCCGUGAUGUCAGGGUUCAUCUUCGGGUAUGGAUUCCAGACCAUCUUCAUCUCACUUCUUACCUACGUGACCGAUGCAUACAAGAUCUACUCUGCCAGCGCACUGGCCGCUUCCGUUAUUUUACGGAGCAUUGCUGGAGCGCUCUUCCCGCUGGCUGCUGAUCCGCUCUAUGAAUCUUUUGGGGUUUCUUGGGCUACUUCCCUCCUUGCGUUUGUUAGUUUUGCUUGCAUACCCAUUCCUUUUGCUUUGAUGCGCUGGGGGCCUUGGAUUCGGGAGAGAAGUCCCUUCUGUCAGAGGCUGAUUUUGGAGGAGAAACUCAGGGCUAGUGGGUUGAAUACACCUGCGCAUGUAUAA